CUUGGCAGCCUUGUGGAUUGUUUGACAAGAAUCAGGUUGAAGGGAAUGAGCCGCAAAAUUAAUAAAUUAUUAUUUUUUGCUAAAGUUUUAAACAGCAAUUCAGCAUCAGUGUUCACUAUAUCGUUGGAAAAACAUUGAGGCAAUGUCUUGGCCACAGUGGUCCUCAGCCACUCAACCUUCAGUUCCACCAGUACUGAAUCCAACCACUCCCGUCAUAAAUUCAGCUCCGACUGUGGUACCCCCUGGUUUGCAAUACACCCCAGAACAGUGGGCCCAACUGCAACAGCAGAAUUGGAACCAGUGGGCCCAAUGGCAACAACAGUACCAACAAUGGCACCAACAAUACGGCGCUGAAUACCAGAAGUCAAUAAAUGCUCUUGCUCAAGCAGCCCAAACACAACAAACACCAGCGUUGCCAAACGUUGCAGUGCCGCCCCCUUUACCGGCUGAUAAUAGACCGCCUCCACCGGCAGACGAGCCGCCGCCUCCGUCUUACACUUCAGCACCGCCUCCAACUCACGGCUACAAUACCGGUCCUCCACCAAAAACAAAUGAACGUCCACCGAUGCACUUUCCCAAAAAUCAGAAUUGGGGCAAUCAAAAUUACCGAUACGGUACUGAACCACAAAACAAAAGAAAUUUUGAACAACCUGAUGAUGUUAACAAGCGACCAGUGGGUAAUAAGCCUGGGUGGCAUAACCAGCAACAACCAAGGCCUCCUCGAGACAAUCUCGAGGAAUUGUCAGAAGCGGAGAAAAAAUUUGAUAAACAAUUUGCUGAGUGGGAGGCCCAGUUUAAUAAAUGGAAGGAGCAGAAUGCCGAGCAUCCCGAUAAGGAGCAAUACCGGGAGUAUGAGAAAAAAUGGGAGAGUUGGAGGGCUCAACUCCUUGAAAGGAGGGAGCAAAUGAAAAGGAAGAGAUUGGGAUUGACUGCAGAUUCGCCCAAUAAGAGUAGACCAGGAUCAGGUCAAAGUUUUAAUUCGCCUCAUCAAAGCUUCAAUCAACCGCCUCCAAAAGUAUUACCCACUGUUCCUCAAAAACCAGAAGGGCUACUGCCGCUGCCUCAAUCGGCGGUACCUUUUAAUAAACCACCACCGAAUUUAAACGAUGAACCUUUGAAAUUCAAAGAUUCUAAACCUGUGCCAGAAUUAGACGAUUCAAUGUCCGGUUUUUUUAAACCUAACACAGGAGGUGGUAUCCCAGGCUUAGACUUGGUGAAAGAUGACCCCAAAACUGGUAAAAGUGCAACUGAGGAUGUUGUACUUAUUGAUUCUGAAGAAAAGGAGAGAGAGAAGAAAGGGCCUGAUUUUGAUGCCAUAUCCAAGGGUAUUAAUACGAUUUUAGGAGACCAAAAGUUGCUCAAUAUGUUAUCGUUAGUGUCACAAACACAGAAUCCUAAAAUCAGUGAUAAUUUAACAAAUACUGUUUCAACAAUUAAAGAAGAAAAUUUUGAUCAGAGUCAAAUGCCGUUCCAAGACCAGUCAAAUCAAAGCUAUGAAGAUCAUUCCAAUCAAGGUGAAAGUUUUGCACAAAGAGAAUUUGUCAAUUUCGACGAUCAAACUCGGAGUAGCUUUACAAUGGUCAGCAAUGACCAGGAAACGAGAUUUGAUGGACCUGGAAAUUUUGAAAGGACUCAAUUUCCGAAUAGAUUUGGGAAUUUCAAUCAAGGAAACCGGUUCGGAAAUUUCGAAAAUGAGUCGUUUGGAAAAAACAAUUUUAGUGGAAGACCCGACGAAAGGUUUCCUCCAGGUCCAAAUCAAAAUAGAUUCGGUCUGAAUCAAGACAGGUUUGGUCCAAAUCAGGAGAGAUUUGACCCCAAUCAAGACAGGUUUGCUCCAAAUCAAGAGAGAUUUGGCCCAAAUCAAGAUAAGUUUGGUCCAAAUCAUGAUAGGUUUAAUCCCAAUCAGAACAGGUUUGGCAGAAAUGGGCCGAAUCAAGACCGUUUUGGGCCGAAUCAGAAAUAUGGACCUAACCAAAAUAGAUUUGGUCCGAAUCAAGGCAAGUUCGGACCGAAUCAAGAAAAUUUUGGGCCAAAUCAGGAACAAUUUGGCUCGAAUCAGCAGAGAUUUGGUCCAAACCAAAACAGAUUUGGACUCAACCAAAAUAGAUGUGGGGCGGGUCCGAAUCAGGGUAAAUUUGGUCCACACCAAGAACAGUUUGGUCCGAAUCAAGAGAGGUUUCCUCCGAAUCAAGAACGGUUUGGUCCCCAAGGAAGAAAUGAAGGUUUUAAUCGAAUUAAUGAUCGGAAUUUUCCAAGAGGUCCGCCCCAAAAAGGACAAUUUAAUUAUAAUAACGAUAAUAAUUUUAAUCAAGGACAAUACGACGAUCCAGGACACAAUGAAGAUGAAUACGACGAAAAUUAUGAUUAUGAUCAAGUGGCCUCUAAUUUUGAAGAAGAAACACGCCAUUCAAUGGAUUGGAAAGAAGAAGGAAAUUAUGAAGAUGAAAAUCAACCACCACCGGCUGAACAACAACCCCCUGCACCUCCGAAAAUAACUGAAAUUUUUCAACCGGCUGAGGUUAUCGAUUACGAUCAUAAACCUCCCAAAUCUGCAGAACCGGAAGUUUUAAUCGAACCUAUUUAUAUGUUUGACUAUCGCCACAAACCUUUGAGUCGCAUUCCCAUUCCGCAAAGACCUAAAUGGCUUACUGAUGUUGUUAGAAAUAUAAGAGAAUUUGAUCCUCCCACUGUGAGGCCUUACGAACCUCCAAACUUGCGAAGAUAUCCUCCACCUGUCGACCACUGGCGGAAGGAUCGGUACCAAGAUAGGUGGUCACCUCAUAACAGGCGCGGUUACAAUGAAGAAAGGCGGCCAUAUAAUGAUAGGUACGACGAACCCCCAACGGAAAAAAGAAGAGAAGAAAGGAGGAGUUUUGAUUAUCCAGAAGAAAAGAGACACUUUAAUAGAAUGGAGUUGGAAGAAGAGAAAAUUAGUGAUACAGAAUGGCCGGAAGAUGAUUUUGAACCGGAAAAACCUAUGGAUUUUCCAAAAUUUCAAAAACCUGAACCUGACAAACCUAACAAAAAUGUUGUUUUGAUUGAGGACUUGAUUAAUCCUCCUGGAAGAUUUAAACGACCUCCGCGCAUCGUAAUAAUUCUGAGAGGUCCCCCAGGAAGUGGCAAAACAUUUCUCGCUAAACUUAUCAAAGAUAAGGAGGUCGAGAAUGGUGGUUCAGCACCACGUAUUCUAUCCCUUGAUGAUUACUUUAUGGUCGAACAAGAGAAAGAAGUGACUGAAGAAGGAAAAAAAGUGAAGAUUAAAGAAAUGGUGUAUGAAUACGAGGCUGAAAUGGAGGAAUCUUACAGGACGUCUUUGAUAAAAUCGUUUAAGAAAACUAUAACAGACGGUUAUUUCUCGUUUAUUAUUGUAGAUAAUGUUAACGACAAAGUGAAAUAUUUUGGGGAAAUGUGGAGUUACGCGAAACAGUACGGUUUUCAGGUUUAUGUUUGUCAGUUAGAUUUGGAUGUUCACACUUGUUCUAAACGAAACAUCCACGGAAGGUCUGAGGCCGAUAUCGAAAAAUGUGUCUCAAGCUGGGAAGCAACUCCUCAACACCACCCCAUACUCGAUGCCACAAGUCUCCUCCAAUCAGCGUCGAUUCCAGAAGUCGAAAUGGAAGAAGUCAAUUCACCUGAAAGUGAUUUGAACGAAGGUGACGGGUCGGAGGACCAAGUAGCUAGAAGCAAGUGGGACACUUUCGACUGUUCUGUUGAUAAUCUCGCGAAACUCGAUGGCGUCAGCAAACCCUUGCGACAGCGGACCAUGGAAGAAUACCUCCAAUUGGAUACAGACUGGACUCCCAUCAAACCCACCAAACCCGGACAAAAGAGAGUUCGGUGGGCCGAUUUGGAGGAACAGAAACAACAAGAGAAGAUGAGGGCAAUCGGAUUUGUCGUGGGACACACGGACUGGGAUAGAAUGAUGGAUCCGACUGGCGGCAGUUCUGCUCUAACUCAAACAAAAUAUAUCGAACGGACCGGACGGUUUAAAGUUGAUCAGAAAUAAAACACUUUUCGUCAGUUUUUUAUUAAUGGGUUAAGAAUGAACUUUUUUUGUAUGAUUAUAAUAAAUUAAAAAUCAUGGUC